AUGGCCGAAGUAGCAAAGAGUAAGCACACAGAGAACUUAAAUAGAAAUGAGAAGCAAAGUGACGUAAGGCAAAUGAAUAUUUUAGCAGCUAAAGCCGUUGCAGAUGUAACGAGAACAAGUCUAGGGCCUAAAGGAAUGGAUAAAAUGAUAGAGGACGGAAAAGGCGGUGUCAUAAUCACAAAUGAUGGAGCUACCAUUUUGAAAGAAAUGGCAGUUGCACACCCAACGGCAAAAAUGAUUGUUGAGCUUAGUAAGGCUCAAGAUGUAGAAGCAGGGGAUGGUACAACGUCAGUUGUAGUAAUGUGUGGGUCGUUAUUGAAUGUAUGUAAAUCACUUUUAGAUAAGAAUAUUCAUUGUCAAAAAAUAUCAGAAAGUUUUUUUGAAGCAUCAGUAAAAAGCGAAGAAAUAUUAAGGAAUAUGUCUAUACCUAUAGACUUAAAUGAUAAAAACAUUUUAAUACAAAAUGCAAUAACAUCAUUAAAUUCAAAAGUGGUUUCGCAUAAUUCAUCUUUAUUAGCACCAAUAGCUGUUGAUGUGAUAUUAAAAAUUACAGAUAUUAAUAAAGAUAGAAAUGUUGACUUGAAUAAUAUAAGGAUUGUCAAAAAGUUAGGAGGCACUAUUGAAGAUACUGAAAUAGUAGAUGGACUAAUUUUUACAAGUAAUAAAAUAAGUAAAAGAGCACAUGGAAUAAAAAAUUUAUCAGAAGCAAAAAUUGGAUUAAUUCAAUUCUGUUUGUCCUUACCUAAAACAGAUAUGGACAACACCGUUGUUGUAAAGGAUUAUAAUAGUAUGGAUAAAUUAUUAAGAGAAGAAAGAUUAAUAAUAGGUAAGAUGAUAAAAAAAAUAGCUAGCACAGGAUGUAAUUUAUUAUUAAUACAAAAAAGUAUAUUACGUGAUGCAGUAAAUGAUUUAGCUUUAGAUUUUUUAGCCAAAGCUAAAAUUAUGGUUAUAAAAGAUAUAGAAAGAGAAGAUAUAGAAUUUAUAUCAAAAACUUGUAAUUGUGUACCAAUAGCUAGCUUAGACUAUUUUACUCCAGAUAAAUUAGGUUAUGCAGAAAGUGUUGUUACAGAAUCUAUUGGAUAUGGUGAAAUUGUGAAAAUUACAGGAGUAGAAUCAAAAAAUACUAUUUCUGUAUUAUUAAGAGCAUCUAACAAUUUGAUGUUAGAUGAAGCAGAGAGGUCAUUACAUGAUGCAUUAUGUGUCGUUAGAAGUUUAAUUAAAGAGAAGGCUAUACUACCAGGUGGUGCAGCACCAGAAAUGGAACUCUCUCAGAAAUUAUAUCAGUGGGCUAAUACAUUAAAAGGUUCUAAACAAAUAUGUGUUAAAGCUUUUUCAGAUGCCUUAGAAUUAAUACCAUAUACCUUGGCUGAAAAUGCAGGUUUAUCACCUCUUCAUAUAGUAACAGAAUUGAGGAACAAACAUGCAGAAGGACAUAAAUAUUAUGGAAUAAACAUUAGAACAGGUACCAUCUCAAACAUGAUUGAUGAAAAUGUUAUUCAGCCUCUGCUAGUUACGUCAACCGCAAUUAAGCUGGCAACAGAAACGGUUAUGAUGAUUCUUAAAAUUGACGAUACUGUCAUUUGUAGGUGA